AUGUUCCAGUUGUCAGCCAGUGAUGACGACGAGGGUGGUGCGGGCGAGGUUCGCUACUCCAUCGCCUCACCUGUGCUGACAGUAGACCCGUACUCUGGCUGGGUGUCCGUUGUAUCUGAUGUUCCAGUGUCAGCUAUGUCAGCCAGUGAUGACGACGAGGGUGGUGCGGGUGAGGUUCGCUACUCCAUCGCCUCACCUGUGCUGACAGUAGACCCGUACUGUGGCUGGGUGUCCGUUGUAUCUGAUGUUCCAGUGUCAGCUAUGUCAGCCAGUGAUGACGACGAGGGUGGUGCGGGCGAGGUUCGCUACUCCAUCGCCUCACCUGUGCUGACAGUAGACCCGUACUCUGGCUGGGUGUCCGUUGUAUCUGCUCUAGACCGUGAGGUGGAGCCUAUACACUCCGCUGUACUCACCGCCACUGACAACGGCGACCCCGCGCUCUCCUCCACCGCUGUCCUGCUCCUAGACAUCGUAGACUACAACGACAGUCCGCCGACCUUCUCUGAGAGACUAUACACUGUGUCGGUGAACGAGAGUCUACCAGUCGGUUCCUCAGUACUGCAGGUCGUAGCCUCAGACCCAGACGGCGCAGGUCUAGACUAUUACAUCACCUCUGGAGACCCUCACUACAGGUUCAGCCUCAGGUCCACUGGUCAGCUGUCUCUCGCCCAGCCUCUAGACCGGGAGCUUGUAGACUCCUAUACUCUCAACAUCUCCGUGUCAGACUCUAAAUACGUCGUCCACACCACGGUCAUCAUCCACGUGUUUGACGUCAACGACAACCAGCCUCACUGCCUACAGCCCAUGCUGAAGACAACAGUGUCUGAGGAUGCUGCUCCAGGGUCCACAGUGCUGACAGUGCUUGCAGAGGACGCCGACCUGAAUCCUCAGUUGAGAUAUCAUCUGACAGGCACCAACGCUGCUCACUUCUACUUCAACCAGAUCACCGGUGAACUAAAGACAGGAGUAAGCCUAGAUCGCGAGACAGUCUCGGAGUACAGUCUGGUCGCUCAUGUGCUAGACCGUGACACUUCUGGCUGGGAGUGUACAAGUCACGUGACCAUCCACGUUGCUGACGUCAACGACAACGCGCCCGUGUUCUCCUCUAGCAAUUACACUGCUGCAGUGCCAGUAGACUACCCUCCAGGGAGCUUCGUCACCAUCCUACGUGCCGUCGACACUGACUUCGGAAUGAACAGGAGGGUUCGGUACUCUAUGGACUCAGAAUACUUCACUAUCGACGCCGCCAGCGGGUUGGUGCAGGUAGCUAAGCCUCUGGACAAGACCAGAUACUCGUUGGUGGUGGUCGCCACGGACCUGGGAGAUCCUCCACUCUCCACUGCUGCCAACCUCCACGUGCUCGUGGUAGAUGUCAACGACAACCCUCCAGAGUUCUCCUCCAGGUCUCACCAAGCGCUGGUGUCUGAGGACGCCGAGGUCGGCACCGAGGUCACCAGACUGUCCGCCAUCUCCGUGGACGACGGCGUCAGAUCUCCAGUCGUGUACUCCAUCAUAGCCGGCAACGAGUUUGGCAAAUUCACCAUCGAGCCAAGCUCGGAUAAGAUUAUAGUAGCAGAGCUACUAGACUAUGAGGAAACCCGCCAGUACCUCCUGACCGUGCUGGCCACUGAUGCAGGAGAACAUCCACUCAGCACACACACCGCAGUCAACAUUACAGUGUCAGACAGCAAUGACAACGCGCCAAUCUUCUCCCAGCCUUCGUACAGCGCGGAGAUCAGCGAGCUGGCAACGCCCGGGGACAACGUCAUUCAGGUGACAGCAGUGGACGCUGACAGUGGCGCUAGCGGCCUCGUCAGAUAUACACUGGUAGGCGAGAGAUCUAAGGAGUUUAAGGUGGACUCCGUCUCUGGAACGAUAAAGCUGGCCAUGCCCCUGGACCGGGAGAAAGUGGACAGUUAUGUUCUGCGUGUACAAGCGCGAGACUCAGGCUCUCCGACUCUCUCCAGCAUCGCCGUCGUUCACGUGUCCGUCACUGACGCAAAUGACAAUCCUCCGCUCUUCCUGCAACCAAACCUCACAGCCAUACUGCAGGAAGACAAGCCGGCGGGUUGGGCUGUGUGUCAGUUAGUCGUUACUGAUGCUGACGUGUUUCACAACGCUGCUCCUUUCAUAUUCGAGAUCCUCUAUGAUGACUCUGGAGGGAAGUUCAGGAUCGACUCGAAAGGAGUUCUCCAAACCUUAACUCAGUUCAGCCGACAAUCCAAGGACACUUACCACCUACAAGUCCGGGUCUACGACGGUGGCUCACCCCCUCUUUAUUCGGACUCGUGGAUUACGAUAAAGGUGAUAGAGGAGUCCCAGUUUCCUCCGGAUGUGUCGCCGUUGCGAGUCACAGUAGUGUCCUACGAGGACCGUUGGCUCGGCGGAGACCUGGGGCAAGUGCUGGCCUCGGACCGCGACCAUUACGACAGUCUAGGCUACGAGUUGCUCCCCACCUCCUCGCUCUUCACCAUAGACCCUCAGCAUGGAGUCAUCGAGGCUUCCUCAGGACUAGACGUCGGUCGUUACCUCCUCAACGUCUCAGUUACUGACGGCAAGUUUAGCCGUCAAGUCACGGUGGAGGUGGUCGUACUGCCACUCUGGGAGGAGAACCUUCAGCAUGCAGUCAGUCUGAGACUGGUGGGAAUUUCGCCAGAACGUUUCUUGGCUGAAGAAAGUUGGAAUUUAAUAAAGACAAUGGAGUCCGUCACUUUGAGAAACGCAUCAAUUGGAUCCAUUCAGAAAACUUCGUCGAAGUAUUUGGACGUGCUUCUCAUCAUCAUGGGGGGUCUGGACCUGUCUACAGCAGCCGAGGUGCUGAGGUCUCUAGGGUUGUCUAGUACUCAACCCUCCUGCAGCUGCAAGAACGCCGCCAAAUGUCGUCAGAGAGUGACAGUUUUUCCAGACCAGCAGCUCAAGGUUCGAACCAACACGUCCGUCUACAUCUCCCCAGCCCACUCCUUCACGCUGUACUGCGCAUGUGCCUUAGGAUUUACAGGAGACCUCUGUGAGGAGCAGUUGCCUGCGAUGUCGGAGUGUGCGUGCUCCGGCUCGCAGACUUGCCUCAACCCGCCCUGCGUGGCUCCCUCCUGCGCCAACAAUCACUCGUGUUUCCCGCCAAAUAUCGCCAGUGGCGCUUCCGUCUUCUCCCAGGAGCUGCUAGCCAUCACAGCCACAACCGUCGGCGUCGUGAUCAUCGUGGCUCUCUUCGUAGUUUACAGGAGAUGUCAUGGUGAUCCUCGACAAGCCAAACAUAGGAGAACCCUCAACAAACAACCUGGUGCUGUGGACAAACUCGACAUAACAGAGAUUUCCGGAACAUACUGCCAGCAUGAUAUCUUGGCAGGCAUUUCCCUCAAUAGUCUUCCUCGCGCCAGUGAUCAAACACAAAACACGCUUGAUGUGAUUGCAGAAGAGACAACUGUGGUGACAACCUCGCUGCAACGUGAGGAUGAUGUCGAGAGUUAUGGAUUCCCAAGUCGCCGUCAUCCCACGCUACCAGACAUUCAGACGUUUCAAGUCUCAUAGCGCAAACAAGAAUACUGCCUAAGUGUCCUGGUCAC